AUGGCGUCGCAGGCCGCGCGAUGCCGUGCCCCGGCGUCGUGCCUGACGGGCGCUUGGCGACGCUGUUACUCGUCGGUGCCGAGCAGCAGCAAACUGCCGCUUGACGGCUACCGGGUUUUGGACAUGACGAGGGUCUUGGCCGGGCCUUAUUGCACACAGAUUCUGGGCGACCUCGGCGCCGAGGUGAUCAAGGUCGAACACCCCGUACGGGGCGAUGAUACUCGAGCAUGGGGACCGCCUUACGCCACCUACAAGGCUGGCUCAUCCAAGGAAGGACCCGGCGAGUCCGCAUACUUUCUGGCCGUCAACCGCAACAAAAAGUCGCUGGGGCUGAACUUUCAACACCCCAGCGGCACCGAGAUCCUCCACAAGCUCGUCGCCAAGUGCGACAUGCUGGUCGAGAACUACCUCCCCGGGACGUUGGGCAAGUACAGGAUGGACUACGAGACGCUCCGCGCCAUCAACCCGGGCCUCAUCUACGCCUCCAUCACGGGCUACGGGCAGACGGGCCCGUACUCGGACCGCGCCGGCUACGACGUCAUGGUCGAGGCCGAGUUCGGCCUCAUGCACAUCACCGGCGCCCGCGACGGCGAGCCCGUCAAGGUCGGCGUCGCCGUGACGGACCUGACGACGGGCCUGUACACGAGCAACAGCAUCAUGGCCGCGUUGCUGGCGCGCGCGCGGACCGGCAGGGGCCAGCACAUUGACGUGGCGCUGAGCGAUUGCCAGACGGCCACGCUGACCAACAUUGCCAGCAGCUGCUUGAUCAGCGGCGAGAAGGACUCGGGCCGGUGGGGCACCGCUCAUCCGUCCAUCGUGCCGUACAGGUCCUUCAAGACCAAGGACGGCGACAUCCUCUUCGGCGGCGGCAACGACCGCCUCUACGGCAUCCUCUGCGAGGGCCUGGGCCGGCCCGAGUGGCGCGACGACGCCAAGUACAAGACCAACGCGCAGCGGGUCGCCAACCGGGCCGAGCUCGAGGCCCUCAUCGAGGCCGUCACCGUGACCCGGACGACGGCCGAGUGGCUCGCCGUGUUCGAGGGCCGCGGCAUGCCGUACGCGGCGGUCAACGACGUCCAGGGCACGCUGGGCCACGAGCACACACUGGCGAGGAACAUGGUGGUGGAGAUGGAGCACGGCGAGUGCGGGCCCAUCAAGAUGGUCAACACGCCCGUCAAGUACUCGGAGAGCGAGCCGACGAUCCGGACGCCGCCGCCCACGCUCGGCCAGCACACGGGCGAGGUGCUGGGGGAGCACCUGGGGUUUUCGGAGGAGCAGAUCCGGUCUCUGAGGGACAGCGGCGUGGUUGGAUAG